UACAAGGAACAACGCGUAUACGAGAAACCCCUACAUCCCACCAAAGCUCUCAAACCUAUCGAUGAUGAGAAUGCGGUCGAGGCAAUACACGAGCUUUUGUUUCAGAGGAUUCGUGACGGUUACUUCACAGACAUCAAGUGGGUCAAGGGACACUCCAAUGUGGAAGGCAAUGAGAAAUGUGACUUGCUCGCGAAACGGGCCGCAAAGUGAUAUUAACAGGCUCGAUCCAUACAGUAGGGAGCUUAUAUUCUUUGAGGACUUUAGUAAAAAGAUUAGGGCUGAGGAUGCGAAGCGACAGAGGAUGGGGGAGUUGGAGGAAGGAGAGAUAGAUGAGAGCCUCGACGACAGUUCUGACGUCAGCCUUGAGGAGCUUCCUUCCACGAGCCACGAUGAACAUCUUCAAGGGAACCAUGACGAGCUCCCUAACAACAGCGGUGACGGCGAGCGCCCUGACGACGAACGCUCCGACAACGAACGCCCCGACAAUGAACGCCCCGACGGUGAGAGUCCCGAAGAUAAACACCCCGAAGAUAAACACCCUAAAGAUAAACACCCUAAAGAUAAACACCCUAAAGAUAAACACCCUAAAGAUAAACACCCUAAAGAUAAACACCCUAAAGAUAAACGCUCUGACAAUGAACGCUCCGACAAUGAACGCUCCAACGAUGAACGCUCCAACGAUGAACGCUCCAACGAUGAACCUGACGAUCAACCCGCCAAUAGCGAUUCCGGCGCUGAAUCGCAGCCGCACUCCCCGCGCUUGUCACGCAAGAAUGUCGAGUUUUCAAAUACCCAUGACAGCUCCUUCUACAACAUAGACGCUGCUCCCAAUGAAUUCCGCAGGAAUGCUCCACGCAAACUAGAUCCGGCUGAUUAUUGGGAUCACAAGCAUGAUUGCUGGUUUGCCUGCGCGGCUGGAUAA